AUGCAGCCACAGGUCAGGGAAAUCCUGCUCCGCCUCAGCCCGCAUUUCGUCUUCUUCGACCACGUCCAGCACUGGCUCCCCGAAUUGGCCUCCCAUCUCGGAAUCAAAACCCUAAGCUUCACCGUCUUCUCCGCCAUCUCCACCGGCUACCUCACCGUCCCCGCGAGGAUCCACGGCGGGACGACGAUCCCCUCCGUGGACGACCUGAAGUUCCCACCUGCAGGGUACCCUGCCUCCACCUCGUCGUCGUCGUCAUCGGCCCGAAUGCAGACGUUUCAGGCUCGGGACUUCGCUUACGUGUACAAGAAGCUAAACGGCGGCGUGACGUCGAGCGUGAUCGAUCGCGUCCUCGAGUGUCGGAAUGCUGCCACCGCUCUGGUGUUCAAGUCCUGCAAUGAGAUGGAAGGAACCUACUUGGACUACUUGCGAACCCAGUUCAAGAAACCGAUUCUCUCGGUCGGACCGCUGGUCCCCGAGCCGCCCUCGGGUGUGCUCGAGGAGGAUUGGGCUGCCUGGUUGGGGAAGUUCCCAAUUGGGUCCGUCACAUUCUGCAAUUUCGGCAGCGAGACGUUCCUGACGGACGGGCAGAUACGUGAGCUGGCUUUCGGGUUGGAGCAGACCGAGCUGCCUUUCGUUCUGGUGCUGAAUUUCCCGGCCCAGCUCGAUGCUCGGUCCGAGCUGAAUCGAGCGCUGCCGGAGGGGUUCUUGGAGAGGGUGAAGGGCAGAGGAGUUGUGCACACUGGCUGGGUGCAGCAGCAGCUCAUACUAGCACACGGUAGCGUGGGGUGCUACCUCUGCCACUCCGGAUUCAGCUAG